UAUGCCACUGCAGUCAAUUCAAUUUAGUUAUACGCCAUUACCACGUUGGUGAGGUUGUCCGAAAAGGGAUAUUUUAAGUAGAUACCAGUUAAUAACUCCGCCGAUUAAGAGUAAAAAUGGCCCUCCACGUCGUUGACAAGGAAGAUUUCGACUCCAAAUUGACCGAUGCCGAUGACGCACUCGUCGUCGUUGACUUCUUCGCCACCUGGUGCGGACCUUGCAAAAUGAUCGCCCCCCAAUUGGACGAUCUGGCCAAGGAGAAGCCGACCAUCACCGUUCUGAAGGUGGAUGUUGACGAAUGCGAGGAUCUGGCCAUGGAAUACAACAUCACGUCUAUGCCGACGUUCAUCUUCAUCAAGUCCAAGCAGGUGGUCGCCAACUUCAGCGGCGCUAACUUCGAGAAACUUAAACAGACCAUCCUAGCUAACAUGUAAAACAAACAGCAAGCAACAACAACAAACAAAAAAAACACUGCACGCCAAAAAGCGAAGCAGAACUAGAAAACAGUUGUCCUUUCGUGCCCCACAUAGCAGCUGCAACAACAAAAAUACACAAUUAAUUUAUCAUUCUUAUAAUUUGUAUAUCACUUAAUUACUAUAUUACGUUACUUCUUUUCUACGUCGAUCGUUCAAUCCGUUUGAAUACUACUAUUGUUUUAGAAAGUUAAACGCUUUACAAAAAAAAAA